AUAAUAUGACCCGCAAGACACAAGAAACUGGUCCCAAACAAUGUGACUUCCUCAGAGGUUACUCAGCAGCGUCCAGUCAGCUGAGGGAGGGCCGCCCCGCACAUUUACAUUUCUCUCCCCUCCUGUCUGUCUGUGCAGCGGGGGAGUCCAGCCCCUCUUGAGGGAGGGGAAGACAGAUGAAUCGCUACUUUUUACUGCGUUGUUAUGUUUCACAAGCAGUUCAGAAGCUCGAGACCGACAGACACCAUCAGCUCAUGGAUGCACCAAAAGCUUGAGUGCCGCGAGACUUUCCCCUCUUUUCAACUAACUUUUUCUCCCUCCUUCCCUCCAGUCCUCUCAGGCCAGUUCAUGCAUGUCUGUUUUCUUCAAACCCUGUAUUGUUUUCAUGGCUAAGCAUCUUGUUUUGUAGCAUUUAGAUUAGUUUUGGUGCAAUUCUCGACUAGUGUUUGAAGAUGCAGCUCCGCACGGUGCUCGACGUUAAUGUUGUGGACGUGCAGAAGAGAAGGAAUCCCUCCAAACAUUAUGUGUACCUCAUCAACGUCACGUACUCAGAUUCGACUUCCCAUGUCAUCUACAGGAGAUACAGCAAGUUCUUUGACCUACAGAUGCGAAUCCUUGACAAGUUCCCGAUUGAAGGAGGACAGAAGGACCCCAAAAAGAGGAUUAUCCCAUUUUUGCCAGGUAAAGUCUUGUUUCGCCGAAGUCACAUCAGAGAUGUAGCGGUCAGACGGCUGAAACACCUGGAUAAUUACUGCAAAGCUCUGAUGAAGCUUCCCUCCCACAUUUCCCAAAGUGAAGAGGUCCUGCAGUUCUUAGAGACCAAGUUAGAGGACCUCAAUCCUCCCACAGAAGACUGUGGCGGGUCUGGAAAACGUAAAUCAGGUCUGGAUGCUUCGGAUCCCAUGCUCCUGGAACAGUAUGUGGUGGUGGCCAGCUACGAGAAACAAGAGCCUGCAGAAAUCAGCCUUCAAGCAGGCGAGGUGGUGGACGUCAUUGAAAAGAGCGAGAGUGGUUGGUGGUUUGUCAGUACGGCAGAGGAGCAGGGUUGGGUCCCUGCCACCUAUCUCAACUCCCACAGUGGCACACGGGAUGACUUGGAGUUGGGCGCCUCUAAAAGUGGUGAAGUUACUAAGCGACAUAAGGCUCAUCUGAAGAGGCUGGACCGGAGAUGGACGUUGGGGGGUGUCAUCAGCAGGCAGCAGAGCCGAGAGGAGAAGUACAUGACAGUGCAGCCAUAUGUCAGCCAGGGUAAGGAUGAAAUUGCCUUUGAGAAAGGAGCCAUUGUGGAGGUGAUCCAGAAGAAUCUGGAAGGCUGGUGGUUCAUCAGGUACCAGGACAAAGAGGGCUGGGCCCCAGCCUCUUACCUGAAGAAGAUGAAGGAUGACCUCUCUCCCCGCAAGAAGAAUGCUACAGGCCCUGUGGAGAUCAUUGGUAACAUCAUGGAGAUCAGUAACCUGCUCAACAAGAAAGCCUUGAGUGAGAAAGACAUGCAGACUGAAGGAGUCCCAGAGAGCCCCCAGGUGGCCAAGAAGGAGAUCAGCUUACCUAUCCCUUGUGCUGAAUCCAGCCCUUUAAAUACUCCACAGGAGGGGAAAAGUAAAGCAGAACCUGCAUCACCAGCUAUAGCCCGCAUCGCACCUCAUCGGGUGGAAAUUGGUUCCCCAGUUCUCAGGCAGAAACCUCCCCCACGAAGAGAUGCAACCCUGGGUUUCCAGUUGCCCUCCCCACCAGAGCCCCCUACAGUUGAAGCAGAGUAUUACACCAUAGCAGAUUUCCAGUCCUGCAUAUCUGAUGGCAUCACUUUCAAUGGAGGGCAGAAAGCAGAGGUCAUUGAGAAGAACUCUGGAGGUUGGUGGUAUGUUCAAAUAGGAGAGAAGGAGGGCUGGGCUCCUUGCUCCUACAUUGACAAACGGAAAAAACCCAACCUGAUUCGAAGAACAAGCACUCUGUGCCGCCCAAAAGUCCCACCCCCUGCUCCCCCUGUCAAAAAGCAAGACUCAGUGGAGACUGCACCACCCAGCAGCCCUGGUUCAGAAGCCCCAGAGUCGCCUGUGUCACCAGGGAGGCCAGUGUAUGAGGAGCCAGAAUAUGAUGUCCCUGCUAUUGGUGAUCUAGAUCUGGAGUCUGAGUUUGAGUUUCUGAGGGGAGAAAGCUCCUUGGUGGAUGCAAAGAAUUAUGACACUUCCUCUGAGAAGGGAUCCCAUCUUUCCUCCAAGCCUUCUCCGGCUUCUUCACUCCACAGUGCCUCCUUUAAGAGUGGUGAGUCAUUUGAAGAUGGCCAUGAAGCAGAGGGGGCAAUAGAGGGAGAGGAAGAGUGUAUCUAUGAGAAUGAUGGCUUCAGACCUUUCAGGGAAACACCAGAGAGGCAGUGCAGCAGGGACUCCAAUUCCUCCAAGACAAGUGUCUUGUCAGAAACCAGCAAGACUGCAAGUCCAACAUCAAGUGGAUGGAGACCCACAGGUAACAAGUUCAAGAUUGACUUAAAUGGGAGUCAAUUUCCAAUCAAAGCUGAGGAGGCUUCCAGUCCUAAAUCUGCCUCAACCGAGUCCACCCCUGAUCUCUCCAGAACAAAGAAAGACCGAGAAGAGAGCAAGGCAUCCUCUUCCUCCAAGUCUUCUUCCAAACCAAAGCCAGUGGUGAGACCUAAACCACAACUAGCCAAAGCGUCCAGCGCAGAGAAGAUGGACAUCAGCACUUUGAGAAGACAGCUGCGGCCAACAGGGCAGCUGAAGAACGGCACAAAAACAAAAGGGGAGGACUCUGAGACAGCUUCAGUCAUCUCCUCAGAAGACUCCUUUUCCUCUCAGAGUACAUCUGACCUGUCCUCGAUCUAUUCAAAAGGCAGCCGGGGAGACUCUGACCUGGAGGGCUGCAGUCUGUAUCGCACCACAGAUCCCUAUGAGAAAGUCCAAGAGACUGAGAUCAGCUUCCCCGCUGGAGUGGAGGUGGAGGUAGUGGAGAAACAGGAAAGUGGCUGGUGGUUUAUCCGCUGGGGGGAUGCAGAGGGAUGGGCUCCAACUUAUUACCUGGAACCUGUCAGACAACAAGAGGACAUGGCAGGGACAGAAUCUGAUGGUACCCCGACCAAACCUGGAAGCCUUAGCAAGUCUAACAGCCUGGAGAAGAAUGAACAAAGGGUGCAGGUGCUGAACAACAUCAAUCAAAGCCUAAAGAAGGUCACCCCACCAAUCCCCUCCAAGCCUCCUGGUGGCCUCUCCAGAACGAUCGGCUUGUUCGGUUCACGGAAGCAAAACAGCACCAAGCAGCAGCAGGUGGUCAGACCUCAGUCUGUCUUCAUAUCAGCCCCAAUCAGGGAUGGUCCCAGUCCUGUUGGCUCUCUGAGAAGGAAUGAGUCCCUUAACUCCACAGACCAUCCUCGUUCAAGCCCAACAGUGCGACGCAAUGCCUCGUUUGGCACUGCACCACGCAGCCAGGCACCAAACAACAUAGCACUACCCAACAGGAACAGAUUUUGCACCGGGAGCUCUGAAUCUCUUGGCCUCGGCCCUCAGAAGAAUGCCAUCCCUGUAUCCACAGUGAAACCAAAGCCCCACAUCAUCCACAACAACCUUAGAGAGGUGUACGUUUCUAUAGCAGAUUACCAUGGUGAUGAGGAAACCAUGGGAUUUCCUGAGGGAACAAGUCUUGAGGUCCUGGAUAGAAACCCAAAUGGUUGGUGGUACUGUAAGAUUCUGGACAGUGGCAGACCAAGGAAAGGAUGGGUUCCUUCAAAUUACCUCGAGAGAAAGCACUAGCACUCAUGUAUGGAGCUGGCAGAACUCUAACCAUGCGUGUAAAGACUACUCAAACAGAUGCAUUUAUUUUGUGAAAAAAGGCUAAUCCUGAGACAUUAAGGAAGGAUUGGAUUCCUACUCGGUACCUUUGCCAAAAUGAGCAGCCAGUUAAAAUUGUGACUUUGAAAUGAAAUGAGACAUCUGUUAAAAUGAGUCAACAUAAUACAGUGCCUUAGAUUGAUGAAUUAGGAACAAUAUAUUGGGACUUAGUGAAACAGCCAAAGAGAACACCAGAGGGCGGAAGAAUAAUUUAAUGAAAAUUCUUCAGUGCUUACCUUUAACUUGAACUAAGAUAUUGUUUUGUGUUCAUGCCUUGAACCCUUCUCAUUAAGUGUAUUAUGUAUUUUUUGUAACUUUUUAAGCAUUUAAAGCUUAUUGCAUGUUUAAAAUGAUUCAUUAUACUGACGACGCCAUGAGCUGUUGAAAUAAAACCUUUUUCUCCUCCUUUUUGUAAGGAAAAUCUCAGUUAAUUAGCCUGACGUUGCCAGACCAAUGAACCUUGGUGAAUAGGUCUGGAUCCGUUCAAUUCAUUUCCUUUUUCCAGGGGUAUUGGCAUGCGGAAGUGCCUCUGGAAGCGAUUUGGCAGACCUACAACCAAUCAGAGCACCGCAUAGUGUGUGACGUAGCUCAUUGUUUGAAUGGCUGCGGUUCCAGACCCACCUGCCAGUGAAAAUGAAUUUGAGCAGGCUGAGUCUGCCGACACCAGGCUAUCAGUUUAUGCCAAAGCUGCUUUGUGUUAGUCUCAUCUUGGUGCUGUCUUUUGCAUGUUUAAAAUAAUUUCAUACUGUGUCUCCUGUAUGUGAAAUAUUUUAUCCUUUUAAGUGUGUAAUAAUAUCUUAACCAAACAAUCUGUGAGCAUCUCUGAUUAUGGUUAUGUAAAAACAAUCCCUGAUGAUCUCCCCUUAAACUUAGUAUUUCUUUACGCUUAAUUGUCCAUAUUGAAAUUUCAUUGAUGACAGUGAAAAUUGUAUUUAUUCAUUACCUAAAAGUCCUAUGUUCUCUUAUUUUAUUAUUAUUGUAAGACAUCUACAAAUAAAAAAAUACAUCACCAAAGCCUAAACAUUUAUAAGAACUGCUCUGUUAAUCUUAAAAGCAUUUUGAAUUUCUGCUGGCAGUAAAUUUGACAUAACUUUGCAGCAACAGUAUUACUGGGAUGCUCACUUUUGUUUAAUGUUUACUGUGUGAUCAGUGAUGAUAACUGAAGUGCCAAAAGAAAGACUUUAAUAAAUGCACUUUUGAACAAU